AUGUCGAGCCCUCCGCCGUCCACGGGAAUAACCCCAGGUCGUUCUCUGGGGUUCAUGACCCUCGGCGCCUCCCUCCACGACAUCCUCACUCGAAUCAAGGCCCAGCCCUCGGCCUAUCCCAAGAUCCAGAUCCUGUUUGACCCCAAGUAUCCGUUGCGCAUACCCAUCGUCAUUACCCUGCCAGAGAACGGCAUCCGCCUGCGUUUCGACGGUCCUGAUCAGCGCCUACGCCUGAUCGAGGUUAUCGACUUCACAAAGACGAAACUUAGUUACAAGAACACCGAAGUCGUGAAGGCUGGGGAGGGCGUUGUCGGAGCUCUGGGCGCGCAAGCUGGCCCCACGGGUCCUCGUUUCCGCCAUGUGUACGACAGGUUACUUGGCCCGACGUAUGCCGGGGAGUACAUUCCUCCUGCUGCUGACGAUAACAAGGGCGUGGGAACAUAUGUCUUGUCAUACCCUGGGAUUGCUUUCAACUUUCCCUUGCAAGCUUCCUCAUGGUCUGCCGACAAGGAUUUCGUAUCCUUACUGUCGUCUCAUGCUGCAUCGGCCGCCACAUCCAUGGCUAUCUUCCACGGCGAGUCAUGGUCUAAAGCGCGAGGCACUCUAUUCACUCACACCCCUCCCAAUCCUCGGUCGUCAGAGCUGGCAGCCAAGGCGAAUGUUGGCGACGAGGUCGAAGUCGCCAAGAUCUAUGGGGAAGGCCGCGUAGAGCUCGUCAGGCGAUCCAGUCCUCCGUUCUGGAUCAACCUCAGCGAGACGACUCCGCAGGACCUUAUCACUGAGCUGGGGCCGCCAGAUGCAAUUUACCGCAAGAAUGACAACCGGCUCUCGAUUCACGGCAACAAGCAGGACACUCUAGAUGCUCUCAGCAACAGUGUUGGCUCGAUGACAUUCGGAGAUGCGGAAUCUUCAGAUACGGAUGAUCACGAGUCAUUCACGGGAUCUGAACCGGAGGAAUCCGAGGGAUCAGAAGAAGGCGGAAAAGCUUAUCUGGACACAGAUGAUUCGACAUCGGUGGAGCAUUUCUACAACUAUUUCCACCAUGGAUUCGACGUGCUCAUUUCGCGACCGACGACAAUCUCCACUGCUUCGCCAACCUCACAGCAUGAGCCACGCGAAGUUCCCAAAGACUUUCCGCAUUCCAGAGGUAGUUUGGUUGCAACUAAAGUCAUCUUCCACGGAAACGUGCCCGGGUCAUACCCUUUCAACCGUCAUCGACGGAGCCGGUGGACUCUGGAGCACGUGCCGACAGAAUUAUACAGAGAGUCACUCACGUCUGAAAUGUCGUUCACGGAUGUCAAAGGCCGACUUUGCGAAGCUUUCAAGUCGGCGUGCGCGACGGAAGAGGAGGAACGCUCGAUGCAGCGCGGAAUGGUACUGAACCGAGGGUGGGGCGACAGCCCAGGCAGCAGUUGCGAGCUCCUUGGUGGAUUCGAGGAAGCGACCAGCUCACCGAUGCAAAAGAAGAAGGGCGUGCCGUCUGGGGGCGCAUCUGCAGCGCCAGCCGUUGACUCAACAUUCGGCAUUAGUGAGAUCUUUGGCUUCCCGGGCUUGAUUUUCGAAGUGCUGAAGAACGACACUGUCAGCACUUUGACAGUCAUCUGA